CCUCCUCUCUCUCUCUCCUGUCUCUGCUUUUUCCUGCUGAGCGGCUGCAAAAGGAGCUUUUACACUUGUGUUGCCCUAAACGUCUGUUCAUCCCAACGUCACGGCUUCCCUUUUAUAUUCCACCUCCCGGCGCUGCCUUUGGGAGUAAAAAGCCUCUAACAUUAAACAUAGCAGCAUCGCUGAAAGUUAACAGAUCUGCAUUUUGACACCCCCAUCAGAUGUCCUCUCAGGCUUGACCCUGCUCUGGACUGGACAUCUUCUAACAUCAGGAGCUGAAUCAGUGGGACUGAGAUUCUCAAGCAAUUUAAAGCCUUCUCCGGACACCAUUAAUGAGGGCUAAGAACUACAUGAUCGUAUAAUGUGACGGAAUCCCCAUUAUUUAGGUUCAACAAUGGUGGCCGUCUCCUUGGGUUCAUGGCACAGUUUGCGGACAUUUAAAUAGAAAUGUUUAUCCAAUCAGUCAGUCUAGAGCUGACUGAUUAAAUAUGGGAUGUGCUUCAGCAAAGCAUGUAUCUACUGUACAGAAUGAAGAAGAGGCCCAGAACGGCAAGAACUACCAGAACGGGGAUGCAUUUUGUGAUGAAUACAGGAUCAAACCAGUUGAAGAAGUCAAAUACAUGAAAAAUGGAGAAGAGGAAGAGCAGAAAAUUGUCUCAAGAAACCAAGAAAACUUGGAGAAAAGUGCCACUCACAGUAUCCGACCUAAAACCGAAGCUCCGGGACCAGGGCAUCACCACCGAUUAAACAUACACACCUCUGAGAGCCAACAGGAGUUUUUCAGAAUGCUGGAUGAAAAAAUUGAAAAGGGUCGUGAUUACUGCUCAGAAGAGGAAGAUAUUACAUAGCUUCAGCUCACAGAGACGUGCAAACCCACUGGAUAUUUACUCUGGGAUAGAAUCCUACAGACAGUCCUCAUCGAAUACCACAGUAAAACACAGUAUUUCAAAAUGAACUAUGGACUUUCAUUUUGCUGCUGAUUUUAAUGCUGUAUCCUUGCAAAUGCUUAUUAUUCUGGAUCUAUGAUAUGGCUGUCGCCUACAAAGAAGCUGGUGGAGUGCGGUAAGAGAUUUUAUUGCUACCAAUUGUUAAUCCUCCCCAUUCAGACUUAAAAGGGCCGUCUUGCCGGCAUCACUGGUGGUAGUGGGUGUUUAAUACAUAGCUGUGUGUUGCAUUAUGGGAGCAAAGGGCUGGUCUGGCAGAACCUAUCGUUAAUAAGGAUGUUUGGGUUCUUAUUUUAGUGCCCUCUCCCCACUUUAGGAAGAUUCAUACAUAUUGUACAAGAUUUUCAAUCAUGAUGUUUGACCUGCAGCACAUACAAGCGUCCACAACCAUUUGAACCCUCCCCUUUUUUCUACAAAAAUAAAAAUUUGUGAGUUUUUA